CCAAUAUGGCUUUAGAAGAUAUUUGUGGUUUCAAAGACACUCCUGUGCAUUGCAAGUGGUUUCCUGCCUCUACUUUUGAAGAUACAGACACAUCUCUUCAUAUGGCUGGCAAUGACAACUUUGGAAUGAAGACACUAAAGAGAUCUGUGAGAAAUAGUGGGAUUCCAUUGCACUUCUUCAUACCAGCUUUGCCAAACUCUGCCCUCUUCAGCCGUACACCUUCAUUUCUCUUUUCUACAGCCAACCAUUCAGGUACGGUCUGCAGGCCUUUCCCCCUGUCCCAUGGAACAACCACCUUGGGUUUCAUCUUCCAAGGUGGGGUCAUUGCAGCUGCAGAUACGCGUGCCAGUGCUGGAGGGCUCGUUGCCUGUCCAGUUGUUCAUAAGAUUACACCUAUUCACUCCCAUUUAGUGGUCACCUCCUCUGGUAGUGGUGCAGAUUGUAUGCUGUGGGAGAGAAUUCUGACCAGAGAGAUCAGACUCUACCAACUGCGGCACAGACGUUGCCUUUCAAUACAAGGCAUUGCCAAGCUCCUCUCCUUUAUGCUGCACCCGUUUAAAGGGACUGAGGUGUGUGUGGCUCUUACACUGUGUGGCUGGGAUAAAGAAGCAGUGACACACGGUGGCCCAAAACUGAUAUAUGUGUGCAGCGAUGGAGCCCGACUACAGGGGGAAGUAUUUUCUGUGGGUUCCGGCUCUCCUUAUGCUUACGGUGUCCUGGAUAGAGAGCUGAGGUGGAGUCUCAGCAAAGAAGAGGCCAUCUCCUUGGCAAGAGAAGCGGUGUUCAGAGCCACUCACAGGGAUGCUUACUCAGGAAACAAUGUGGACCUUUUCCACAUCACAGCCGAGGGAUGGAGCCAAAGAGAGAGAGAGGACCUAAAAGAGGAAUAUUAUAGAGACAUGGAGAGGAAGGCAAAGAUAGUUGAGGAAAGAAAAAGACUGACCAAAUAAGAUAUGUCGAGAUAAAGCAAAAAUGUGGUGGUUUCAGUGUAGCUAAAGAUUAUAAAUAGUUCAAGGGUUGGCCACCGUCUUUAGACUGUAUCUCCUUCCUGCUCCUCCAUCCUAACAAAUUGUUUCAGCCUCGGAGUC